AUGAGAAAGGUACAAGCAAUUUUUGCAUUCUGUUUUUUUUUAAUUUUCUGUUGUUUAAUAAAACCGAGUACGGUUAGCAUAUAUUGUGAAAUUAUAAAUGAUGAGGAUGUAUACUUAAGGACAUUAAAAGGACAAAAUUUCAGCGAAGAAUUUAUAGCCCUAUUUGACAACAAGGAUGUGCGUGUAACGAUAGAAAAAUUUAUUUUGGAAGAACAUGUAAAAUAUUAUAUUAGCAAAGUGAGAAAAAGUGAACACAAUAUAAUUAAAACUAUUGAGAAAUUAUUGAUGAGAGAAUUUCCAUCUACCAUUGGACUUAAGGAAGACAUUAUAAAAAAUGAACUGCUGAAAUUUUUAAGCAUUAUAUUUACAAAGCAGGAGGAUGUUGUGAAGAAAUUUUUUGCCAACUUUAAUAAGAGCACUUUCGACAUUGGUGCGAAUUAUCGUCAUUUUGAAAGCAAAUUUUUGGACGAAUAUGAAAAUAUUGAAAAUUUAAAAAAAACUUAUUUUUCCAUUUUUAAUCAAGUAACUGAAGCGUUGAAUAGCACUAAGACGAGUGAAGAUAACAAAAGUAGUGUAUACUUUAUCGACAUCAAGGACAGAGUACUUUCUAAUGUAGCAUCACUUAAGGAUACUUUGGCAAAGCUAAGAGGCGAAGUUGUUGCUUUGUACAAUAUAAACUAUGGAUUGAAUGAGCUGAAGAAUGAGGUAGAUGUGCAUAUUUCAAAUUUUCGAAGAGAGCACGAGGGGACCCAGGGCACCCCCAUCACUACAGAUCCAGAAAGCGGAAAAGAAGGUGAUGUGAAUAUUCUCAACCUGGUGGAGGAUGUGGCAUCCAAAUUGAUGUUCAAUUUGAGAACCAAAAUUUCCAGCACGAGAGAUGAACUUCAAAAACGAUUAACCACUUUAGAGAAGGAACUAAUCGAUAUGUCUAAUGAAAUCACCCGAUUGGAUAUUCAGCAGAAUGUACCUAAACUCUCCAUCGUAAAGAAUAACAACUUCCUCAACAUUGAAAGCAUUCGAAAUGAGUAUGAAGAGUACGUGAAUAAAACGGAGAGUGACCGGGAGGCUAUGGAAAAUGUGAAUGGUAGCAGCGGUAUGAGCGUCGUUGGUGGAGGGAGCGACGGACCCGUGUUUGAGAAGACCCUGCAGCUGCUAGAAAAGCACACCUCCUGGGUGAAGGAGCAGGAUGCCUUCACGUACUGUGAGAGGGACGACAUCGCCGAGGUUUUGAAGAUCUGCUUGAACCUUGUGGAGAAGCUGAAGGAUAUAGUCAUACAGGAAAAUUUCAAUUUACUAAUGAAAUAUGAAAACCUGUACAAGGAGCUGAAUAAGUUUCUAUACCAUUCGAGAAGUAGCACUUUGGACAUCUCAUACAUGAAGGCAUGGUCCUCCAUCGAGAAUUACAAAGGAACAGAAAUCCUCAUCAACGGAGUUGACAGGCUACUAUCCAUGAUUAAUACACUCACACAGAUGAUUAAACUUUUUAAGGAAGCUAAUAAAAAUAUGAAUCCAGAUGUAUUUUUUAACCUGAACAGAUUAAGUAAUGGGUUCUACAAUUCAGGAACGAAAGUGAAUCUAUUUAAGAUGGAGCUAGCCAAAUUAAUGCACCCUCCACAUAGCCUACAAGUUAUAAAAAAUAACAUUGAAAAGUUUGGACAUGUAUAUAAGGAUAAUAUCACAAAGAUGAAGGUGAUCACAAAUUCGUUUGAAAUUGCCUCUGGAAAUAUGCAAACAGAAAUUGACGAAAUUUUAAAAAUUGUAAGUACGAUGAUUCUGGCAGAUAAUUUAAUUAGCGAAUUUAGAAAGGUUAGGAGAGUCUGGAAGAGACACGUUAAACGUACUUUGAAGGAACUUAAUGAGAAGAUGGGGCUUAUGAUUAGUGCGUAUAGAGAAAAUAGAAAUGUGAUUUUCCCCUGUGAGUUAGACCCUACCAGGUCACACCUCUCGCACAGUGAAGGGACGACGAACGCGUUGAUGGGCUCACUAAGUGGUUCACUGAGUGGCUCACUGAGCGGAUCACUAAACGGUUCACUGAGUGGAGCACUGAGCGGUUCACUGUGCGGCUCACUUAGCGGCGCACUAAGCGAAGAGGUUAACUUUAAUAGGAACUGUAUUAAUAAAAGCACCCUGGCGUCGCCGUACUUUAUAAAUCUGUACAAAAACGUAAUGAACAAAUUCGAUACGGUGAAAAAUGAAAAAGAAAUGAAAAGGCUAUUCUCUGUUAUAUACAGAUCUGUGGAUAUCAUUUUACAGAUAAUUAAAGAUAACAGAAAUAAUUUGAACCAAGAAUACAAUAAAAAGCGGAAGCAGAUUAUAAAUUUGAUUAAUUAUAGAAAGGACUCUAGAGUGGACAUGACAAAUGUGUAUAACAAAUUGAUCGAGCUGGAGGGUGACUUGGUUAGUAAUUUACAGAAAUUGUUUUUAAAUAAAGUGAAUUUGAAUAAACAGCUGGAGCAUUCUGUAGAGAUGACCAAGGCAGAGCUCUUCAAGGACAAGGUGCCUCCCUACUGCAACUUGGUGGAACAGUUCAUUACGAAAUACUUUCUGACCAUGAUGAGGUGGAAAAGGCUUAUAAACAACAACAGGAGUUUAUUCCCCCCCGAGUUGAUAUCGAAGCAUAAUGGAUAA